AUGAAAGUAAGGGUGAUUUCAAGAAAUCCAGAAGACUAUCAACGAGAAACGAAGAAUGAUGUUUACAAGGCCCCACGAAACUUCAGUGUUCCAGAAGAUCCGUUUCAAGUUCAGGUUGAGUACACUCGAGCUCUGAAUGCUGCUAAACUUAACAGAGUAUUUGCAAAACCAUUCGUUUCAAGUUUGGAUGGUCAUAAUGAUGGUGUGUCUGUACUUUGUAAACAUCCUCUUCGGUUAUCAGUAGUGUUUUCUGGCGGCCAAGAUGGACAAGUGAGAAUAUGGAAUUUACCCCAUCAUAAAUGUUUAUCAGUGAUUCAAGCACAUAGUGGACCUGUAAACGGAAUUUCGUGUGAUAAUGUUUCUGGAAAUACUUUUGUAACGGUAGGGCAUGAUUCGCAGCUAAAACACUGGCUUUGUCCUGAUCCUGUUGAAGGUGACCUCUCAGAACCUGUGCACUCUAUACCUUUAAAUGGUGUUGCCCAUUCAGUUUCGCACGUAGUGAAUAGUACUGAUUACGUUACUUGCGGUGAAGGCAUAUAUGUUUGGAAGAAACUGAGAGAGUCUCCGGUUCGAGUAUACAACUUAGGUGUCGAUUCAGUCUAUACUGUCAAAUGCAAUCCUGUCGAACGAGACAUCAUUGUAUGCUGUGCAAGUAACCGAACUAUUGCAUUAUUGGAUGUAAGGCAAAAAUGCCCUCUGAAGAAAGUAACCAUGAAGUUACGACCUAAUGCGGUGAGUUGGAAUCCAAUGGAAGCAUUCACAUUUACAUGUGCUAACGAAGAUUACAAUCUGUAUACGUUUGAUAUUCGAAACUUGUCUAAUCCUCGGCGCGUCUACAAAGGCCAUACAAAUGCUGUAAUGGAUGUCGAUUAUUCUCCUACAGGAACGGAAUUUGUUUCGGGAAGUUAUGAUCGUUCAGUUAGGAUAUUUCCCGUUGAAUCAUUCGGAAGCAGAGAUAUAUAUCAUACUAAACGCAUGCAACAGGUUCUAUCAGUUCUGUGGUCAAUGGAUAAUAAAUUCGUUCUCUCUGGCUCUGAUGAAAUGAAUAUACGUUUAUGGAAAGCAAAUGCCAGUGAAAAACUGGGACCACUUCAGCGUCGUGAACGUGGAGCACUCGAUUAUAGUGCUCGACUGUUGGAAGUUUAUGGUGAGCAUCCAGAAAUCAAGCGUAUCGUCAAACAUCGCUUCGUCCCAAAAUCGAUUUAUACGGCUACAAAGGAGCAUAGAACAAUAAAGUUGUCACAACGGCGUAAAGAGGAGAACAGAAGAAAACAUUCGAAGCCUGGUACCGUUCCUCAUGUUCCAGAACAUUUAAAACACAUGGCUUAA